CAGCCAGACCUCUGGAUACCGUGAACCUGCACCAUCUCCGUCUGAAACUCGACAACUUAACCAGCUGCAGGACACAAUGCACCAAAAGUGAAAGGUGUUUCCUGAGGACCUGAAAGAAGACUGGAUGUGGUUGUAGCUAUGGGUGAGUCAGGGUGGGGGGUGCGGUCCCUCUCCCCCUGUGGCCUGCUGCUGGUCGUCUGUGCGUCCGUCUGUCUGUCCCAGCAGCCCAGCAUGAAGCCAGCAGAGUGCAGCAGGAAGGAGCAUCCUGUCGUCUCUCACCAAGCGCUGAGGCCGUGGAUGUUCGAGUUCUCCCAUCCAGGAGUGAAGGAUUACUCCCAGCUGGCUGUGGACCUGAGCAGGAACCAGCUGAUUGUGGGAGCCAGAAACUUCCUCUUCACACUGAGUUUGAGCAACGUCUCGCUCAUACAGGCGACAGAAUGGGCACCGGAUGAAGACACAAAGCGCUCAUGUCAGAGCAAAGGGAAAUCAGAGGAGGAGUGUCAGAACUACGUCCGGGUUUUGUUGAUCAGCGGGAUGACGCUCUUCACUUGCGGCACUAAUGCUUUCACCCCCGUCUGCAUGACCAGGCAGGUGGGUAACGUCAGUGCGGUGUUGGACACGGUGAACGGUGUCGCCCGCUGUCCGUACGACCCGCGGCACAACUCCACCGCCAUGGUGACGGAGCGAGGCGAGCUGUACGCCGCCACGGUGAUCGACUUCUCGGGACGCGACCCCGUCAUCUACAGGAGCCUCGGGAACAUGCCGCCUCUACGCAGCGCUCAGUACAACUCCAAAUGGCUCAACGAGCCUCACUUCGUGUCGGUUUAUGAGAUCGGUCGGUUCACCUAUUUCUUCCUGAGAGAAACAGCGGUGGAGAACGACUGUGGGAAGGUCGUGUUUUCUCGCGUGGCUCGGGUCUGUAAGAACGACAUGGGGGGUCGUUUCCUGUUAGAGGACACGUGGACCACCUUCAUGAAAGCCCGACUCAACUGCUCUCGCUCUGGAGAAAUCCCGUUUUACUACAACGAGCUGCAGAGCACCUUCUACCUCCCAGAGCAGGACCUGAUCUACGGCAUCUUCACCACCAAUGUGAACAGCAUAUCAGCUUCUGCCGUCUGCGCCUUCAACCUGAGCGCCGUCACUCAGGCCUUCAACGGGCCGUUUCGUUACCAGGAGAACCCCCGCACCGCCUGGCUCUCAACCCCAAACCCCAUACCCAACUUUCAGUGUGGGACGCUGGAGGAGGGCAGCCCGGGGGGCAACCUGACGGAGCGCAGCCUGCAGGACGCCCAGCGGCUCUACCUCAUGAACGACGUGGUGCAGCCGCUCACCGUCAACCCUCUGCUCACUCAGGACAACCUGCGCCUCUCCAAGCUGGUGGUGGACAUCGUGCAGGGCCGAGAAAGCCUCUACCACGUCAUGUACAUCGGAACAGAAUACGGCACCAUCCUGAAGACUCUCUCCACAUCCAAUAAAAGUCUCCAAGGCUGCUACCUGGAGGAACUCAGGCUCCUCCCCCCGGGGAAGAUCGGACCAAUCAAGAGCCUGCAAAUCCUCCACAGUGACAGGUCUCUGAUUGUUGGGCUGGAUGACAGACUGGUGAAGAUCCCGUUAGAGCGCUGCUCCAGCUAUCCAAGUGAAGUUCACUGCUUGGAAGCUCGGGACCCGUACUGCGGCUGGGAUCUCAAACAGAAACGCUGCACCACCAUCGAGGGGAGCUCCAACAUGAACCAGUGGACCCAAAACAUCACCCAGUGCCCAGUAAGGAAACCCUGAACCAGGAUGAGCUUUUUGGUACGUGGGCGCCGUGGCAGCCUGGUAACCAGAUGAUGGCGAGGGAUCCGUCAGCAGCUGUGUUUGUCGGGUCCCGCCUCGUGUGAACGGACCUUAUGGCCGUGGUGGCCGGCGUCGAGUGUAAAGGACCGGACCAUGCCAGGUGGCAAA